AUUAUUUUCCACUCAGUUUCUCGCAGUUUAAAAUGGCGGCGUUGAGCAGCGCCGAGUCCCCACCGCCCGUCUUUAACGGAGACACCGCGGAGCGGGAGCCGGGCAGGGAGCCGGGCCUGGAGGAGCUGGGCGCCGGGCUGGACGCCUCCUGCGCGCAGGGGAUCCCCGGAGGUCCGCAGGAUGAGGAGAUCUGGAACAUCAAACAGAUGAUAAAGUUGACACAGGAACACUUAGAGGCUCUUCUGGACAAGUUUGGAGGAGAACACAAUCCCCCCUCCAUAUAUCUAGAGGCCUAUGAGGAGUACACCAGUAAGCUAGACGCCCUGCAGCAGAGGGAGCAGCAGCUGCUGGAGGCCAUGGGGAACGGCACAGACUUCUCCUGCUCUCCCACAACCACGCCAGACCUUCUGGAGGUCAAGAUGGGUGGCUGUGGGGCUGGGGGGGGGGCUCAGGCCUUUCCUUCUGCCCCCAACACAUUGGAUUGCCUGCAGACCCCCACCGACGCCAGCCGAGCCAACCCUCGCUCCCCGCAGAAACCCAUCGUGAGGGUCUUCCUGCCCAACAAACAGAGAACAGUGGUCCCAGCCCGCUGUGGGAUGACUGUGAGGGACUCGUUGAAGAAAGCUCUGAUGAUGCGAGGCCUCAUCCCCGAGUGCUGUGCCGUGUACAGGAUACAGGAUGGAGAGAAGAAGCCUAUUGGCUGGGACACAGACAUAUCCUGGCUGACAGGGGAGGAGUUACAUGUAGAAGUGUUAGAGAAUGUGCCGCUCACCACACACAACUUUGUGAGGAAGACCUUCUUCACACUGGCCUUCUGUGACUUCUGCAGAAAGCUGCUCUUCCAGGGUUUCCGCUGUCAGACCUGCGGUUACAAGUUCCACCAGCGCUGCAGCACUGAGGUUCCACUCAUGUGCGUCAACUACGACCAGCUAGACUUAUUGUUAGUGUCCAAGUUCUUUGAGCAUCACCCGUUCACCCAGGAGGAGGUGUGCUCCGAGGGAACCACCCCCGUGUCGGAGGCCUGUCCGUCACUUCCCCCGUCCGACUCCAUGGGGUCUAUGUGCCAUGCCAGUGUAUCACCGUCCAAGUCCAUACCCAUCCCACCCAGUUUCCGGCCCAGCGAGGAGGACCACCGCAACCAGUUUGGCCAGCGGGACCGUUCGUCCUCGGCCCCCAACGUCCAUAUUAACACCAUCGAGCCUGUCAACAUAGACGACCUGAUUCGAGAUCAGAGCUUACCACGAUCAGAUGGAGCCCCCCCGACCCACCCCGCCCGCUGCUUGAGGAAGCACCGAACACGGACCUCAAGCCCCCUCCUAUACUCCUACCCCAAUGACAUAGUGUUUGAUUUUGAGCCUGAGCCUGUUUUCCGAGGCUCCACCGCAGGGCUGUCGGCCACGCCGCCCGCCUCUCUACCCGGCUCCCUGACCAACGUCAAGGUUCCACAGAAGUCGCCGUGUCCGCAGAGGGAGCGCAAGUCGUCGUCCUCGUCUGAGGACCGCAAUAAGAUGAAAACCCUGGGGAGAAGGGACUCCAGCGAUGACUGGGAGAUCCCAGAGGGUCAGAUCACUCUGGGCCAGAGGAUAGGCUCUGGAUCCUUUGGAACUGUCUACAAGGGAAAGUGGCAUGGUGACGUGGCGGUGAAGAUGUUGAACGUCACCGCGCCCACGCCACAGCAGCUCCAGGCCUUCAAGAACGAAGUGGGAGUCCUCAGGAAAACGCGUCACGUGAACAUCCUGCUGUUCAUGGGCUACACCACCAAGCCUCAGCUGGCCAUCGUGACCCAGUGGUGCGAAGGCUCCAGUCUGUACCACCACCUACACAUCAUCGAGACCAAGUUUGAGAUGAUCAAGCUGAUCGACAUCGCCCGGCAGACUGCUCAGGGCAUGGACUACCUGCAUGCGAAAUCAAUCAUCCACAGAGAUCUGAAGAGCAACAAUAUUUUCCUCCAUGAGGAUCUGACGGUGAAGAUCGGUGACUUUGGCCUGGCUACAGUCAAGUCCCGCUGGAGUGGCUCCCACCAGUUUGAGCAGCUGUCUGGAUCUAUUCUGUGGAUGGCUCCAGAGGUGAUCCGGCUGCAGGACAAGAACCCCUACAGCUUCCAGUCAGACGUCUACGCCUUCGGCAUCGUGCUGUACGAGCUCAUGUCCGGAGUGCUGCCCUACUCCAACAUCAACAACCGAGACCAGAUCAUAUUCAUGGUGGGUCGAGGUUACUUGUCUGCCGACCUCAGCAAAGUGCGCAGCAACUGUCCAAAGGCCAUGAAGAGGCUGAUGGCCGACUGUCUGAAGAAGAAGAGGGAGGAGCGACCUCUCUUCCCUCAGAUCCUGGCGUCCAUCGAGCUGCUGGCUCGCUCGUUACCCAAAAUCCACCGCAGCGCCUCGGAGCCUUCGUUAAACCGAGCCGGCUUCCAGACGGAGGACUUCAGCUUGUACGCCUGCGCCUCCCCCAAAACCCCCAUCCAGGCCUGUGGCUAUGGGGAGUUUUCAGCAUUUAAGUAAGUGCUGCAGAUCCCACCACUCCAUCCCUCGUCACUUCUCAAAAGUCUUGUGUCUCUGCGGUGGAUUAAUUACUGGAGAAAAAAAGAAAAAAUUUGUCUCAAAGAACCUGAAGAAGACAACCAAAAGCUGUCCUGCAGUCAAACAGCCACUGCGACAGACAAAACUGAAUUAGGAAAAAUAAAAAAAGAACAAAAAAAGCAACUUGAAUGACACAAAAACAAAAAAUAACAUCCAUACCAAAACCGUUUUUCCCGCCUGCUGGAGGGAAAAGAUGAAGGCGACAAUGAAGGGGAGACGGCGGAGGGACGUCAGGAGAAGUCGAGGCUGUGGACGCCGCUCGUCUCGUCGUUUCCAGUGCGAACGAGGAGGGGGGCUGGUUUUCUUUUCAGCCGGGCCGCCGCCGCCGCCGACCUGCACUUGGAGUGACGGCAGAACGGGGCCUGUGGAAGGAGACGCAGCGCCCCCAUCUGACGGGGGGUAGAGAUGGAAGGUCGGGCGCCGGCCUUGUUCCCCCCACGAGAGCUGGAGGUCACUGGGCAAGGGGGUUAACCCCACCACCCCCUCCCCUUGAAGAGCGAUGACUUGAAAGAUAGAUCUAUUUUUACUUUUUCGUUUGUUUCUCCCGUUUCAGAGUUAAGCUAGCAUUAGCUAGGAGUGAUGACCUUUUUCUGUCCUUUGUUCCUCUAGAGGAGAUGGUAGCUGUGCGACAUGCAGCACUGGCCCCCUUUUUUUUUUUUGUUGUCCUUUUGGGCUUAAUGCUGACCAAAUUCUGCAAAAUACUGAGUUUUGCCUUCUUGUUUGCCUCCAACAAAGUCAACACCGGUGAUGAAACGGCCGCAGCUCUUUAUCUCUCUGGAAUAGAUUGUGCAUGCGAAAAGCAGGAGAAGCAGAUUUGCAGGAGUCCCGAGCACAGUAGCUGCUCUCUGGGAGGAAAAAUGCUAAUUUAUUUGGUGAUGCUGGAAACAACGCGAGAGGGAGUUCGUAAUCGAUCUAAAAAGAACCUGGUCGGAGUUAACUCAUUAGAUUGGACUCGAUUCGCAAGGUUUCGCGAUGUUGGAUAAUUCGACGGGGACCCUCUACCUUUUCAAAUGAUCUCAUCGGAAGUGGUUAUUUGUGUGGCUUCCGUUUGGAAACUCCCAUUGCGCGGCGUGAAGGGAGGAAAGACGCAGGCUUGAUAGAUGAUGGAAGCUAAACAAGGUUUGUUUUUUUAAAGAGCCGAGUCUAAGCCAAGCUGCUGCCCCGGGGGUUUAUACUGAGCUAAAGAGUGUGUACAGUGAGUUGUUACACAGCAUCUUUGCAACUAAAGCUUUUCAUUCGCUUCUGCCGCUUUCCCACAGAACCCAACCUCUACUUUCUUUUGUGACACCAAGUGCAUGUCUUUCUUCUUUUUAUUUUUUUUUUAAAUCACGUGGCUUUAAUAUUGCACUCUGCUUAAGACGGGGACCUUACUUGUUGCCGCUGCUGACCAAUGAGCUGCAGCGUGAUCUGCUGAAGGGACACGUGGUCUUCUGGCAGGUUCUGUUAGUCUUGGAAAAAAACAAAGUUCUGAAUCGUUCCUUUCAGUCACACCUUUCUAACCUUUUUCUACACACAUGCACCUGUUACUCUUUUCAUUCCAGCGUGUGUUGUAGGUGUUACACAUUCUUUUUUUCAUGUUUUUUUUCAUUAUUGUCAUUGUUUGCCUUUUUCUGUACAGGCAGGCCUGCAGAUAUUUACUUAUUUAUGUGAAUCUUUUCUUUUUUGUUGGUUUAACUGAUUUAAUUUCCAGAACCGCUUUAUUUGACGCUCUUGUCUUUCUCUAGACGCUUGUUUUAGUCUUUGUGACUCGUGUACUUGCACUUUGUAGAGAUGAGACGGAUCGAAGCAAACGAGCGACUUGCCUUGACUUUUUUGUUUUGUUUUUUUUUUAAAUUGAAGAAUAAAUUGUGACAUACAGAGCUGAUGACCUAAAAACCCACCUAAUGCAUGAGUCAUCUGCCGAGGCCCGAGUGUGAAUAUUUUUUUGCCGAGAAUGACUCUUUGAUAAAGCCUCCACGAGCCGAGUAUGUCACCAUGUGUGAUGGGGAGCGGAGAAAAUGAGGCUGCUGGCUUGAUGAAUGGAUGUUUUUGGAGGUAGAGCACACAGUUGAAGCGUCCAUCCAUCCAAAUACGAUAACCUGGUUCUUCACAUUCAUCAUGGAUCAUGCCUUUCCAUCAUAAACGCCAUGAACUAAACCCCCACUCCCCCCCGACCCCCAACCGCUUCAUGGAACUGUCCGGCUUGUGAGGAGAUACACUUACUUAUCAUCUUACCCACAAGUCCCAUCUUAGGGCUGCAACGGAUUUAGCCUAGCUUAGCACAAAGACUGGAAGCAGAGGGGGGGGGGAACUGCUAGCCCUGACCCAGGACAGUCUUACAGCUUAUCCCAGUCCUGGAUCAUACACCUCCUUUUUAGUCACAGGGCAGCUCAUGAAAUGUGUCACACUUGCAUAUUGAACAUGCAAGUGUGGUUAAAACUUAAAGAGUGACCAAACCCACAUUUGUGUGAAGCCUGGCAUCUACUGGCGAAAGCAAGGUACUUCAUUCCCACCGGCUAUUGUUAUGGUAAUCAUUCUUAGCAUUAUUCUGUCAUUGUCUCAGCAGUGUCGGCCACGUCGCUGGUUCACAUGAUGCUUUGGUUCAGGUCUUGUAAACAGCUUGUGCCCUCUCGUGGUAAAAUGCUUAAUUUAUUGAGCACAAGUUGGUGUUGGUUUUAAAAAGGACAGCUCGAGUUACGUGCUUUCACCAGGAGAUUUGAAGCUCCACGUUGGGUUUGGUUUGUGCUCUUCUAUAGUCUGUAAAUUCCAAAGACAUAGAAACAGUAUUGGUCUCUUACAUGUUACAUAUCCUUUGGUAUGAGUGACGUUCGUCUCUAUCCUUUAGCUUCAGUAAGCAUCUGAAGAAAAAAACCAUCGGGUUCAGGUUGUGAAGGAGACUUUGAGUCAUUAGAGAGACAACGAGGCCAUGGUCAGGAAAGGCUAAAGGUUUGGAGAUAAAGAUAAAAAAAAACAGCUUUAGGUGGAAGUGGAAGAUGAGGUAAUUGGUCAAGGGUUCUAAAUUGAAUCAUUACAUUCUACUAACAGACUCAGAAACCUGAUUUAAUCCUCUCCUCUGCCUCAGAGCUAUAAUUAUGGCUUUAUAUAUAUAUAUAUAUAUUUAUUUUUUAUGAAGUCAGGGCUCUGACGCAGGCCUUGGUCAUUACAGCUCAAGGAUACACAUCUCCAAGCACUGGACCACACAGUCUCAAACACUUUCACAUAAAGGACAGUUCAGAGUCUGGACUGUGGCAGGAAUCUGCAGGGAACAUACGCAGUUUACAGAGGAAGCCGCUGUCAGCCUCUACUCACUGAAACUGACUUUAUUCUCACAAGAGUUUAGCUUCUUGAGAAAGUUACACAAAAUACAUUUUGUCACUUCUCAAUUAAUUGCCGAUUAAGGUUGGAAAGCAGGUAAACUCUGUCCAGGCUGUUCUCUCCAAACCCAAACACAUGAAACCAAAACCGUCUGCGUGGAGAAAUCCCACCAGAGGUUGUUUGCCUAACGGUCUCUGCUCAAAGUCCUCUCACAUGGAGCUGUUGACUGUAUCUCAUGGUCUUCUUCAGCACGCUGAGCUGACACAGUUGAAAAAAAUGCAGAUGUUCAAACUUUGAUCGAUGAUUCCGAUCAAAUCCUUCUUGUGCAUGUCGGGGGGAAAAAUGGCGACCAUGGAGGUUCAUUCUUGACGUUGGGAAGAACCUCAGCUCCAAGUUUACUUACUGGCUUGUUGUAACAAAUGUAGAUCAAUGUUAAAGCCCACACAUUCGAAUCAAUUAAACGUCCAAACACGUGAUAUGGUCCAGAACCAGUGAGUAAGUGGACUUGUUUGGUAAACUUCAGUUUACUAGGUCAACAAUGAACUGGCGACUGGAAAAUAUCCCGUGGUCCCAGUCCUCUUCCACAGGCAUCGGUGUGGUCCUCCAGAAACUAGCAGAUAGUAGUAAUCUGGGAUUUCAUAUUCUUCAUUGUUACCAGGACAGGACCUGAGGGAGUAAACAGCAACGUCUUGAAGAAUGCUGUAUUCAUUAUCAAGUUUUCUGAUGUCCGUCUAUAAACCGGAGAGUUUACAGGACUGACUCUCCUCCGCCGCCCUCCUCCUCUGAUCUCACUCUCUCACUCUCUUCUCCUCCACGUAAUGCACAGCCUUGCUCUCUCUUCAUUCCUCCUUUUUUGUUCUUCAGACACAUUCCCCUCCUCCCUCCUCCUUGCCUGCACCUUAAACCCAACAACUGAGAACUAUCAUGAAAAAAAAAAACCUAACUUUAUGGAGACAUUUUUUUGGGGGUUAUAUGUUUUGUUUCACCUGUAAAUAGUUGUACAAAGGAAAUACUGUCAGUUUGCUAGGAGGCAUGGAGACCACAAAUGUAACAAAUGAUAAACUGUUGAAAAAUGAAGAGACGAGGAUUAAAAGAUGUUUUGAUAGGCAGACUUCUGAGAAAACCAGUUGAGUGUAAAAACUAUUUAAGGCUGUAUCAUAAGAAGAAAAAGCUUAAUGUAUUUGUUGUGAAUAUGAAAAACUGAUAUAUUAAAGAAGUGCAUGAAAACUGUA